AUGACGAUCAGGGCAUUGGAGAAGGUGUCUGUCGGCCAGAAUGGCGUUGGCGCCUUCAUUCUACAAUGCAAGAGAAUGGACAUUCACUACUGCGACUAUUCCGGCAGCUCAAGAGGGAUGAAUGCUUUUAUUAAAUCCCAGCUAGCGAAGUUCGCUUCGACGCAUCCUCAGAUCGAAUUCGCCGUCUCCCCACGUCCGCGCAAACACCCCGUCCUCACCGGCCACUACAUCAACGGCAAACACAAGUCCAUAUGCGUCAAGAACAUGGACUCGCUACAAAUACUGAAGAAGGCCGAGUUGUUACGGGAUGCCAGCGGGGAGAAGAUCAGGAAAGUCAACAAGCCCAUCACGAGUAUUACCGAGAGUGUCAGGGGUGUCUGGAGUCCAUACCACGGGAAGGGAAUGGCAGUGUAA